CGCCGCCGCCGCUGGAGGAGCGGCCGCCUAUUGUCUUUCACCGCGGCGAAGGUGUGGAGCGGCUCCGGCUCGGCCCUCGGGGGUGCCCCGGGAGCCGAAAGUGUCCUGGGUCAUGAAACUUAAUCCACAACAAGCUCCAUUAUACGGUGAUUGUGUUCUUACUGUACUGCUUGCUGAAGAGGACAAAGUUGAAGAUGAUGUAGUUUUUUACUUGGUAUUUUCAGGCUCCACCCUUCAUCAUUGUGCAAGUACUCGCAAAGUCAGUUCUGACACACUGGAAACCAUUGCUCCUGGUCAUGACUGCUGUGAGACAGUGAAGGUACAGCUCUGUGCUUCCAAGGAGGGCCUUCCCACAUUUGUGGUGGCUGAAGAAGACUUCAGUUUUGUCCAGGAUGAGGCAUAUGAUGCAGCUCAAUUCCUGGCAACUAGUGCUGGAAACCAGCAAGCUCUGAACUUCACUCGUUUUCUUGACCAUUCAGGACCCCCAUCUGGAGAUGUGAAUUCCCUUGAUGAGAAGGUCUCACUGGCUUUCAGACAUCUGAAGCUGCCAGCAGAGUGGAAUGUAUUGGGGACAGAUCAGACUUUGCAUGAUGGUGGUCCCCGGGAGACAUUGAUGCAUUUUGCUGUGCGGCUGGGACUGCUGCGGUUGACAUGGUUCCUAUUGCAAAAACCUGGUGGCCGCGGAGCUCUGAGUGUCCACAACCAGGAAGGGGCAACACCUGUGAGCUUGGCUUUGGAGCGAGGUUAUCACAAGCUGCACCAGCUUCUAACUGAGGAGAAUGCUGGGGAACCAGACUCCUGGAGCAGUUUAUCCUAUGAAAUCCCGUGUGGAGACUGUUUGGUGAGGCAUCAUCGGGAGCUGGACAUCUAUACUUUGACCUCUGAGUCAGAAUCCAACUGUGAAUCCCCAUUUCCUGGAAACAGUUGCUCUGGACAUAUUUUAAAACUUAUGAACAUUCAACAGCAACUAAUGAAAACAAACCUCAGGCAAAUGGACAAUCUUAUGCCCACCAUGGUGACAGCUCAGGAUCCUUCCAGUCUGCCCAUUGCCCCAGAGACUGAUGGCCAGAUUCUUUCCUGUGCAACAGAGCUCUCAGACAGCCAGCAGCUUUCUUCUUCUCUUGAAGAGACUGAGACCAGCCUGUGCUGCCAAGGGAGCCCUGAUGAACAGAUUGAAAGUUCCUGUGAUUUGUCACAUAUGAUUGAGGAAGAGAAUACAAACUGUUCUUAUAGGAAUAAAAAUACAGAUGUGCAGAGAAAGGGGGAAGAGGUGGAGCUCACACCUGUUGUGGACUUGGAAACUGUGUGUGAUCGAGACAACAGCCUUCAGAGCAUGCCUGACUCUGAAGUAAAAGGCAUGGAAGGCCUUUUAUCCUGUGGAAACAGAAAUGAAGAAACUGGAACAACAUCUUCUGGAAUGACCACAGAUCAGGAGGUUCUGUGUAACACAGAGAGUUUGCUGCAGGGAGACAUGGUCAUGGAGCUGGGCAAAGCCCAGCAUUCCGCUGGAGGUAAACUGGCAGGCAGUUCAACAGAUGUCAGUGCCUCAGAGCGUUCUGCCACUAUCCAGAAGGGUCUGCGUGAAGCAGCAGAAAGUACAAAGGAAAGAUUUGAGAAAUCUAAUAUCAGCACAGCUGAAGCCACCAACAUACAGGUCAUCAGUGAGCCUAUGGAUAAAGCCAGUGUUCCGAGCCCUGCCUCUGCCCCCAGAGCCCUGGAUGGCAACAAACCUGAUAAUUCUUCACUUGCAUUUAGUCUUGGAGAAAUCCCUGGUGAAAAAACAGCAGAAGCUGAAACUUUGAGAAGUUGUGAGGAACAUGCUGAUACUCUCAGAGAUCAGGUAACUCCAGCUGCUGCAAAAGACAAGAUUUCAGAUGGAUUAGUACUGGAUGUUCCUCUAGCAGGCAUUUGUGAGGCAGUAUCACCCUCGGAGUUAACCUUUUCUGGGAUAGAAAAAGAUGUGCCGCCAAACCAGAAAUCAAAAAUGAACUCUCCUAUUGAAAGCCAAAACAGCAAAUCACUGGUUUGUUCUAUAACUGGAGAUGAUAAACUUUGCGCUGACUCUGCAUGUCAACAGAACACAGUGACUUCUAGUGUUGAGUUGGUUGCAGAACAUUGCAGUGACAUAGUUGACCAGCCUGGAAUCACCACAGCAGGGCAGCCCAACACACAAGACCCACCUACUGCUGUCUGCCAGGAAGACCCACAAGCAAAUACAGUCCCUUCUGACCCUUUAGUAGAUGUCCAAGAACAUGUGGAUUUUUGUCCUCUUGAAGCUUUGGAUAAAAAAGGCCAAAGAAAAGAUUUGAAACUAGAUACACCUUUAACAACUGUGCUUGAGGCCGCUUUACAUCUGCAUCCACUUGUUUCUAAAACUGAGGAAGAAUUCAAGGCAGACCAGGCAGUACCAUCAGGCAGCACUUUCUCUCUGGCAAGCAGUCAAGGCAAUGAAUCAGUAACCAAAGAUGACGUACUUCCUUUUAUCCCCUCCCACAAAGAAAAGGGAACAGCAACCCCGGAACUACAUAGGCCUAUAGUGUAUAGAGGUGGCCCAGCUGGAGGAGAUUUGGAUCAUCCUGAUAAACAGCUGCCAGAAGACAGCACUGUAGGCCUGUCCACAUCCUCUGCUGCUGUAGAUCUUCAGCCCAGCAUGGGGAAUACCAGUCCUGGAGUUCUAGCUGGGGAGCACAAGAGCCCUGGCCCCUCAGCAUCCCCUGAAGUUCUGGCUGACUGUUCCCUGCUAAGUAUGGAUAAGGGCACUUUGGCCUCUGACUCAAUUUUGACUGAAGAAGGAAAAAAUCAGGCAGUUCCCAAAAGCUCUGCAAUGCAGGGACAAGAUGACAAGGAUAAAUCAGUGACUUGCUCCUCCAUUAAGGAAGACAAGCUUUCUUCAAGAAUGUUGCUGGAAGUGCAGAGAAAACCACCACCUGGACAGGAGGCACCGGGAUUCUGUGAAAAGCCUAUCUCAGCUGCAUGUACAGAGGACAAAGCACUUCAGCACAAUAAUUCACUUGUCACAGCCUCUGCCUGCCUUAAGGCAGAAACUGAACAUAACAAGGAAGUGUCCCCACACGUCUCCCUGCUGACAGAAGGUGGGGCCAUACAGAGCCUGCUAUCACCAGGAACAAGUCUGGUUGCACACUCGAGGCAGGAAGCCUUUGGUACAGAGCAGAACAGCUUACCUGUCCUGCCACAUGUGUUGCCAGAUGUGUCUGAGGGACUUAAUGGCGGUCGACCUUUUGCUCUGGAUGUUGAAGUGAAGGACACUGAAUCCCAGAGGAAAACCAAUGCCUGUGAAGUGAGUGGAAAUGUGACACUGGAUGUUCCAGAGGUUAAUUCCCUGCAAAGUCCUGCAGGGCCUAGAAGAAAGGAUAUACCACACAACACCCAAGACACCCCAAUUUCAGAAGUUUUGUUGAACCAGGAGAAGAGUAUGACCCUGAGUUUGCCAAGAGCUUUACCAGACAAAGGCGUGAGUGAUCCACAGGAAGCUACAACCCCAGCAGUGGUACCUCUUGAUUGGAAGAAAGAGAAGCUGGAGGAAGCAGACCACAACUGUAUCACAGGUGACUCCAAGGAGGUACAAAAGGAUGAUGAAGCACUGGAGCCUGUUGCCAUGGAACUCCCCACAGAGACAGGGCUCUCAACUUUUGAUGACAAGACCUCAGCUGGCAGGAGGGAAGUCACACAGGCCUCAGGCUCAGACAAGCAAAGGGGUGCUCCCUCUCUGCCUUAUGUGGUCUCAGCCCAAGCUGCGCAUGUGCCUGAGGGAGCAGACUUAGAGGAGGCUGCCAGUCGUAUAGUAGAAGCUGUCAUCGAACGAAUCAAGGCCUCGGGAGUGCUGAUUAUUGAUGGAGAAAUCAGUCACAUAUCACUGUCCAGUCCUGAGUCAGACCCUGUGACUGAAAUACCAGAGAAGGCUUCUACAGAGAAGGUGUGUGCUUUCCUAUCUGGGCAGAUCCUGCAAAAGGAUAGUGUUUGUGAAGAAGGCACAGGGAACCUCACAGGAGGAGGCUUUGUUGGAAGGGAAGAGCCAGAGAAGAUCAUGUCUGUUCAGGGGCUGGAGCCAGCAACAGAAAUGCCAGACACAAAAGCUGAUGAUGAAGUGGAUUUUCUGAGUAAGACCAGAUCAAGUUCAAACUUUGACCAGGUGGCUGUAGGGAAUGGAGGUCCUACCCCUAAGAUGAAACAAGGCCCAAAGACCCAGGAGAUAAACCGUGAAAGCUGGUGUACAUUAGAGCCAUGCCCAGCUGCACCAUCUCUUUUGGCCUCCAAACAGAGCCCGGAAUGUGAGAACUUGUUGGAUGUUGGACUGGACAGAGAAUGUGCCUCAAAACAAGGUGUACUUCAGAGAGAAUCUGGGAGUGAUUCUGACCUCUUUCAUUCACCCAGUGAUGACAUGGACAGCGUCAUCUUCUCAAAGCCCGAGGUCUGUGAUGUCAUGGGAUCCAGUUCUUCUACAGAUGACACAGCUUCCCUGGAUCGACAUUCUUCUCAUGGCAGUGAUGUGUCCCUCCCUCAGAUUUCAAAGUUAAACAGGUCCAGAGAUCAGCAAAGCCCUGAUGGCUUCUACAGCCAUGGGGUGGGAGCUGAGGGCCAAGAGAAUGAGAGUGAGCCUGCUGGCUCUGGUGAAAUUGAAGAGGAGGAGAUGGACAGCAUCACAGAAGUGCCUGCAAACUGCUCUAUCCGGAGGAGCUCCAUGCACUCACUCUCCCCUUUCCGGAGGCACAGCUGGGGUCCUGGAAAGAAUGCAGCCAGUGAUGCAGAAAUGAACCGGAGUUCAAUUCGAAUUCUUGGGGAUGUUGUCAGGAGGCCUCCCAUUCAUAGGAGAAGUAUGAGCUGGUGUCCCUCUGGUGUGCAAUACUCUGCUGCCUUGAGUGCUGACUUUAAUUACAGAAGUUUCAGUUUGGAAGGCUUAACAGGAGCAGUUGGCAUUGGAAAUAAGCCGUCCUCAUCUCUAGAAGUUACCUCUGCAAACUCCAAAGAGCUCAGACACCCUUUCAGUGGGGAGGAACAGGGUGACUCUUUGAUGUCACUUUCAGAAGAGGAUUUGGAGUCACACCAGAGAGAACAUAGGAUGUUUCAUCAGCAGACAUGUCACAGAUCCAAACAACAGGGAUUUAAUUACUGUACAUCAGCCAUUUCUUCUCCACUGACAAAAUCCAUCUCAUUAAUGACAAUCAGCCAUCCUGGAUUAGACAAUUCACGGCUCUUCCACAACACCAGUGCUAAUCUGACUGAAAGUAUAACAGAAGAGAACUAUAAUUUCCUGCCACAAAGCCCCUCCAAGAAAGAUUUUGAAGGGAAGAGUGGAACAAAAGUCAGUCGUACUUUCAGCUACAUCAGAAAUAAAAUGUCCAGUAGUAAGAAGAACAAAGAAAAAGAGAAAGAGAAAAUUAAGGAGAAGGAGAAAGAUUCUAAAGAGAAGGAAAAAGAUAAGAAGAUUGUCAGUGGGCAUACUUUCAGUUCCAUUCCUGUUGUGGGUCCCAUCAGUUGCACCCAUUGUGUGAAGCCUUUCACCAACAAAGAUGCCUACACUUGUGCAAAUUGCAGUGCUUUUGUCCACAAAGGCUGCAGAGAAAGUCUGGCCUCCUGUGCAAAGGUCAAAAUGAAGCAGCCCAAAGGGAACUUCCAGGCACAGGACACAUCAUCACUGCCUGUCAUGAGAAACAAGCCCUCACAGCCCAAAGAGCGCCCCCGAUCUGCAGUCCUCCUGGCUGAAGAAACAAUGGCUCCCCCAGUGUUCGCUAGCAGACGGUCCCAGCAGAGUGUUUCACUCUCCAAAAGUGUCUCCAUACAGAACAUCACUGGAGUUGGCAAUGAGGAGAACAUGUCAAAUACCUGGAAAUUCUUGUCUCACUCAACAGACUCACUAAAUAAAAUCAGCAAGGUCAAUGAGUCAACAGAAUCACUUACUGAUGAGGGAGUAGGUACAGACAUGAAUGAAGGACAACUAAUGGGAGACUUUGAGAUUGAUUCCAAACAGCUAGAAGCAGAGUCCUGGAGUCGGGUGGUGGACAGCAAGUUUCUGAAACAGCAAAAGAAAGAUGUGGUCAGACGACAAGAAGUAAUUUAUGAGUUGAUGCAGACAGAGUUUCAUCACCUGCGCACCCUCAAGAUCAUGAGUGAUGUGUACAGCCGGGGGAUGAUGACAGAGCUCCUCUUUGAGCAGCAGAUGGUGGAAAAACUGUUCCCAAGUUUGGAUGAGCUAAUCAGUAUUCAUAGCCAGUUCUUUCAGAGGAUCUUGGAGCGGAAGAAGGAAUCUCUGGUGGAUAAAAGUGAAAAGAACUUCCUUGUGAAGAGAAUAGGGGAUGUGCUUGUAAAUCAGUUUUUGGGUGAGAAUGCAGAACGCUUAAAGAAGACAUACGGCAAGUUUUGUGGGCAGCACAAUCAGUCUGUAAACUACUUCAAAGACCUUUAUACAAAGGAUAAGCGUUUUCAGGCCUUUGUAAAGAAGAAGAUGAGCAGUUCAGUGGUAAGGAGGCUGGGAAUCCCGGAAUGCAUAUUACUUGUAACCCAGCGGAUCACCAAGUAUCCAGUUUUAUUCCAGCGAAUAUUGCAGUGUACCAAAGAAAAUGAAGUGGAGCAGGAAGACCUGGCUCAGUCCUUGAGCCUGGUGAAGGAUGUCAUUGGAGCGGUGGACAGCAAAGUGGCAAGUUACGAAAAGAAAGUACGUCUCAAUGAGAUUUAUACAAAGACAGAUAGCAAGUCAAUCAUGAGGAUGAAGAGUGGUCAGAUGUUUGCCAAGGAGGAUUUGAAGCGGAAGAAGCUGGUGCGCGAUGGUAGUGUGUUUCUGAAGAGUGCAGCAGGAAGGUUGAAAGAGGUUCAGGCAGUUCUGCUCACUGACAUUUUAGUUUUCCUUCAAGAAAAAGACCAGAAAUACAUCUUUGCAUCACUGGACCAGAAAUCAACAGUGAUCUCUUUAAAGAAGCUGAUUGUAAGAGAAGUGGCACGUGAGGAGAAAGGUCUGUUCCUAAUCAGUAUGGGGGUAAAAGACCCAGAGAUGGUGGAGGUCCAUGCCAGCUCCAAAGAAGAGCGGAACAGCUGGAUUCAGAUCAUUCAGGAUACAAUCAACACCCUGAACAGAGAUGAAGAUGAGGGAAUUCCCAGUGAGAAUGAGGAAGAAAAGAAAAUGUUGGACACCAAAACUCGGGAGCUAAAAGAACAACUUCAACAGAAGGACCAGCAGAUCCUCCUCCUGCUGGAAGAGAAGGAGACAAUUUUCCGGGACAUGACUGAGUGCAGCACCCCCUUGCCAGAUGAUUGCUCCCCAACUCAAAGCCCUAGAACUCUCUUCCGCUCCAACACAGAGGAGGCUCUCAAAGGAGGGCCUUUAAUGAAGAGUGCAAUAAAUGAGGUGGAGCUCCUUCAGGGCCUGGUGAGCGGAGGCCUGGGAGGCACACUUGGACAGGCUGGCGGCAGCACUGUGGAGCAAGAAGCCAUGAUUGGCCCUGUUUCCCUGCCCCGGAGAGCAGAGACCUUCGGGGGCUUUGACAGUCAUCAGAUGAACAUGUCUAAGGGAGCUGAGAAAGAAGAAGGAGAUGAUGGCCAAGAUCUUAGGAGAACAGAGUCAGAUAGCGGUCUUAAAAAGGGUGGAAAUGCUAACCUAGUAUUUAUGCUUAAAAGAAACAGUGAGCAGGUUGUCCGGAGCAUUGUUCAUCUGCACGAACUCCUCAGCACCCUGCAGGGUGUGGUGUUGCAGCAGGACAGCUACAUCGAGGACCAGAAGCUGGUGCUGAAUGAGAGGGCGCUUACGAGGAGCAUGUCCCGCCCCAGCUCCCUCAUCGAGCAGGAGAAGCAGCGCAGCCUGGAGAAGCAGCGGCAGGACCUGGCCAACCUGCAGAAGCAGCAGGCGCAGCACCUGGAGGAAAAGCGCCGGCGAGAGCGCGAGUGGGAGGCCCGGGAGAGGGAGCUUCAUGAGCGGGAAGCACGGCUGGCCGAGCGGGAGGAGAAGGUGCAGAGGGGGCAGCAGGAGCUGGACAGGGACUGGGAGGAGCUCCAGCAGAAGAAGGGCGUGUACCAGUGCGACCUGGAGCGGCUGCGCACAGCCCAGAAGCAGCUGGAGCGGGAGCGGGAGCAGCUGCAAAGGGAUAUGGAGCAGUUCAGCCAGAGGCAGAUGGACAGGGACCUGUGUCAGGUAUCACAUCAGCACACCAAGCUCAUGAGGAUCCCGUCCUUCCUUCCCAGUCCUGAGGAGUCAACCUUGCCGUCUGUACCUUCAGUGACCAAGUCAGGGUCAUUGGACUCAGAACUUUCAGUGUCCCCAAAAAGGAAUAGCAUCUCUCGGACACACAAAGAUAAGGGGCCUUUUCACAUACUGAGUUCAAGUAGCCAGACGAACAAAGUGCCAGAGGGGCAGAGCCAGGCCCUGUCGGGCAUCUCCACCUCCACCCGCCUGUUCGGGUUGACUAAGCCGAAGGAAAAGAAGGAGAAAAAAAAGAACAAAAAAGGAACCCGCUCCCAGCCUGGUGAUGGCCUUGCAUCAGAAGCCUCAGCAGAGGGUGAGGAGAUCUUCUGCUGAUCCUCUCCCUCCAAACCUGGCCGAAGUGCCUGCCUGCCUGCCUGCCUGCCUCUCCUCCUGCCCCUCAUGCAUAAGUACCCACACUGGACGUCCACUGCUCCCCAGCAUCCAGUCUUCCUGGGCACCCCAGGUCCUGCACAAGAAGGAGCAGAUUGUCUUGACCGUUAGGGUGGGAGGAAGCCCAGACUCCAGUCCAGCUGUGAUCUGUGACUUCCCAGGAUGUUACACUGAAAGUUGUGGGCCCAGAAGUACAGGGGAUAGUCUGGGACAUGUCAGGAAUCCCUAAGGGCCUGCCUUUUAUGUGGGGAACACAACAGACUCAGACAGCAGCUAGGAAGGGUUGUAUCUGUGCAUGUAUUCAGAGACCCGGCUUAGCUCAGCCCAGAGGCAGUGUUGGACAGCCUCAACCCAUAGCCUAUGGAAAUGGGGUUCCUUUAAACCACUCUGCCUGUCUCAACCCUUUUCUCAUUUCAUUUUUGAAGGGGUGACAGACAUCUGUGAAACCAGUGAUAAGGAUCUUGAUGUGGAUAAAAAGCAUAUGAUCUCUACCUUGAUCUUGGUUUUCCAGGUUUUUCUCAUCAAAUUCAGAAGAAACAUACUGACUGUCCAAGAUAUUUGCCUACAGGUUCUAGGCACAGAGGGAGUAGAAAGGCAUCUCAUCCAUAUCCCUGGAGUGUGACACUUUUUGGUUGUCACUAACCACUCAGAAGAGCCCUCCUAACAGCUCCAUGGGAGAAGCUGCUGCCUGGGCCUCCAUGUGGGAGAGAAUGUGCCUUCUGGCACACACUCUGAGCAGCUGCCACCCUCUCACCCAGGACCCAGCUGUGGCCUCUGCAAGGUCCCCUCAGGACCACUGGCCGAGCAAUGGGUUCAGGUGUGGGGUAAGCCUUGUGUAGUGAUGGAGGGAGGACCUGGCCCACAGCAGGGAGCAUGCUCAUUCUGCAUCAGGCCUCCCUCAGCAAAAUGCGGUUCCCUGAAAAACUGUUUAAAUCCAAGUAUGAAUUAUCCUGUACUAUCAAGAUCUCACACAAGCUGCCUGGUUUUUCUUCUCCCUUUCUCCCUGUGUUUUGAUCUGUGGUUGCUUGAGACUUUCACCGCUGGUGUGCGCAGGCCAGCUCUUUGGUAAGAGUUCCCUCUGAGGCUCCCUGUGCUGCCGCUUGGCCUCCUAACGGAGGAGACCUGGAAAUUCUGUGCUUCACAGGUGGCCUUCAGUUCCUGCUUUUUGGCCCUCAAAACCAUGAGGCUUUGAACAUUUCUUUUUAAAAACAAACAAAAAUCUGUAACUUGGUGCUUGUUGAUGAAUUGCAAGCUGGCCUUGCAGAUGGAGAUAUUUAUCUUUCAGUUUAUUUGAAAGAGAUCUGGUUUAAAUUUUUAGCCUAAAUUUGUCUUAUUUAUUUUUGUGUGUGUUUGUGUUUUGUUUUUAGGGUGAACCAGUUCUAGCCCAGCAGUUUAAACUAGCUGAUCAGUGCAGAGAGUGCAGUAGCAGCCAGCACUGCUCACUCCUGUCUUCCAAGUGCCUUGAGAUCCAGGUGGAAUCUGGGGUUAGGGCUGGGGAGGGGUCUGUGGCCUUCUUCCCCUGACUCCCACUCACUUUACCAAGGGAUGUCUCCUUCCUUGAGGGUUAGGAAACUUGACACCUAUGAGCUACCUUGACCCGUUUUUGUCAUAAGAACUUUCACCCAUCAGAUACAGAUUUUAGGCCAAACCCAGCUGAUUUUCUUUCAAUGCAAACAAAAUACCCUAAACAGCAAAAAGUCAGUUGCUUCCUUCUACCAGUCCACACAACUCCGAGUUACAGCUGAACCUGUCAUGACUGUUCUCAGACCCCCAGGAAGCCAGGCUGCUUUCCUUCUCACUGGCCCUGAGUGAUCCAUGGUGGCUCCAGCCCCAUGGGAGUCUGAGGAAGGCACUGCACCCACGCCCUGUGCACGGGCAGACUGACUCACAUGCUCACUGGCACACUGUACUCUCUAAGGUACUAUGCAUCCCUGCAAGCACAAUUUUGAUCUAGCUGUGAUGUUUCCCUUGCUUUGUUGGUUUAGGUCAUUGUAAAAAGGGUGAUUUCACCUGUACCCACACCUCUCUAACUCAACAAUGUGGUCAGGUUCUGGUUGAACAAGUUGGGACUCAGAAGGUUGAGUCUUCACUUCCCCUGAGCUGCCGAUUUCCUCCAGGAAUAGACUGGUGCAGAAAGAGAACCUCUUACCAGGAACUGUGCUUUCACAUGCCUGCCCCUCUCGCCUCCCCUUUGGAUCUGACCUCUGGGAUUCAAUGCUGUGCUUGGGAUUUCCUGGGAUUACCGCUGCUGGUGCUUCUGCUUGUGACCUGGAGAACUGCUCUAGUUCCCCAGUCUACAGCCCCAGGGUGGGGGGUUCUCUCCCGUGAGCAGGGGUGGUUUUCCAGGGACCUGGAUUGUUUCCCUUACUGCCCCCACGCUAGAAAGCCAUGGUUCUUCCUCAGUCUAAAGAAAUCAGAUGCCUGAAAUUAUGACUGAGUCUGGGGGACAUGCAAGUAGUCCCAGCCUCCAGCUUCUAGUGAACUUCUAGAAGGACACUGCACCUCCUAAAAGUUACAGUCAUCUCAGUGGUUGUCCUCCUGGUUGGGUGACAUGUGCACUUUAAAAGCUCCCUCCUCAGUUGGCUGUAUUUUUGAGACAAUCAAACAUGUUAACUUUGUUUUCUUCUUAGAAAAUGGAGGUGGUUAAAACAUGCAAAUUCCCAUAUUCAGCCUUUGCCAACAUUCCCUCUGCCCCCAGGAGAGCUGUCUUGUGGGGAAGAAAAUCCUUUUCAAGAAAGUCUUGAUAAGGUACAAACCUUGCCUUCUGUCCUUGCCCAAGUCUCAGGGUUGUACCACUAAAAGCUGCCCCUUUGAGCAUCUUCCCCUAUUACCCACCCAAGGCCUCAAUAUUAGUAAGCAUGUAUUUUUGAGACUUUUGGGGUCUUGUUUGUUCCUUUCUUGGGGGAGAAUGAGAUGGCCUUAGUGCAUAAGAGCUUAAUUAAAUAGCUCUUGCCUUAAGAGUGGAAACAGAACCUUGUAGGCCAGAAAAAUGCUCUCCAUAGAAGAACUUUUUAUUUUAUUCUUUCAUCCCUAAUGCUCUCCUACUGCCAGUUCUUCUCAAGGAUUCGGUAUUUGCUCAGAGCUGAAGUUUGCUCUGAGGAUGGGUGGACAGUUGUGCCCAGAGCAGCAAGGUGUAGACAGUCCUGGGGAGUGGGGUUCUGUGACCAGAAAGUGGGUGCCUCUGAGGUGGUCCCAAGCACCUCGGGAGGUGUCCACCCCCUGUGCCUAAACGUGACCAUCUGGGUGGAGCAGUGGAACAUGUGCCUCCUUCCUCAGGAGGACCUGUUGGGGAUGCACCUGUGUCCUGGGCUGUCCCUCCAGCCCCACUCCACUCACCUUUCCUCAGACCAGGAGGGCAGGCUGUUGGGCUUAGGUUCAUAGUUUUUCUUCCAUUGUAGCAUAACAUUCCUAGUUAACCAGAGCUUUGGAAUCUACUACCUGCUGGCCAGGGUUUGAAAAGUCUUUUAAUCUGCCAGAAAAGGAAGAAAAGGAAGGCAGGGGAGGGCCUUUCCACAUGCUUAUGUAUUGCAAUUUGUUGAGAGGCUGAUGGGCCAUCAGUCAUUUCUCCAUCUCACUGAGGUUUGAAGACAGGCAGCCCUACUGGCCCAGGAUAGCCUGCCCUCCGAAAGGGGAGCCGCUGUACCUCAGGGCCUCUGUGGGAAGCCCAGAACCUGUCCCCCAGGCCUUCCCAGAGCUGUCCCCAUCCACUGGGAUGGGGCUCCCAGCACACUCGCAGGACUUGGCCCUGGCUUUCCUCAAGGCCCAGCCCGGUUGAGCCUGGCUGUGCUAGUGUCACUUGCCCUGUAGCAGAAAGAUGGGGGUGUUGCUCUCAUCAGUUCUCAAAUGCUGUAUGAACGUUUCUGUGCUAACUCCUAUUAAAUGAUGGGUUAAAACCCAAAUGCUGUACAUUAAUUUGUAAUUAUGUAUAAAGUGAUGCAGUUUUAAACUGUAAAGAUUUUUGUCAGUGUUUUCUGGAAUUUUGCCAUAACAUACUGGCUUUGUAUUUUAUUUAUCUUCCUUUCUAGUUAUUGGCUUCCCACUCUUGUAAAGUCCCUCAGCCCUUUCAAAAAGAAAAUAAAUCUCCUUUGAAGUCUU